AGCCACAGCCUCUUCAACACAGCCUUCUUCUCCUACCUUUGCAGAACCUGGUCCAGUUCCUGCCGAGAUGUCCUGCCAGCAGAGCCAGAAGCAGUGCCAGCCUCCUCCCAAGUGCCCUUCCCCAAAGUGCUCCCCAAAGUGCCCCCCAAAGAGCACAACACAGUGUCUGCCUGCAGCCUCUUCCUGCUGUGCUACAAGCUCUGGGGGCUGCAGUCUCCCCAGCUCUGAGGGAGGCUGCUGCCUGAGCCACCACAGGCGCAGGUCCCACAGAUGCAGGCGCAGGAGCUCCAGUUCCUGUGACCGUGGCAGUGGUCAGCAGUCUGGGGGCUCAGGCUGUGGCCACAGCUCUGGGGGCUGCUGCUGACCCAGACAGUGCAAUUGGGAAAGAAACACUAUCAAAAACGAGUCUAUAAACCUCAAAUGUUCAGUCCUCUUUCCCAGUUUCUCUGUCUUCUUUAAGUGCUGAGAUGUUUCCCAAGAGAGCUCAGAUCUCUCCUGGCUCUUCCUGUUCUCCUCAAGAUCCUGUACCUUGAUAUCUUGAGAGCUUUUGAUAACUGCCUGGGUGGUUAUCAUCCUGUACUUGACCCUGUGGAAAGUAAAGAAUGUGUUUCUCAACAGCA